AUGGCUGCAGGAGCACUGGUGCAACAGCUCCGCGAGGCCUUGGCCAGCGAAAAACAGUCAAAGGCAACUGCUAUCGAGGUUUUGGAAGAGGAGAUGCAGGCGCAGCGGGCAGUGGCUCAGGAGGCGACUCAGCAAGAGCUCCACGAUGGUGAGGAACGCUGGAGCUCCGAAUUGGCGACUCAAGCGUUGAGGGAGGAGACAGCCGUGCGAGGUUUGAAAGAGGAAGUGGAGGUGCUGAAGCUUCAGGCAGAGCACUGGAGGCUCCUGGAGGUGGCUGAAAAAGCCACGAAGGACCAGACUGAGGCAUCUUUGUUGUCUUCGCAGCUGGCUGCGGGGGAACAGCAGGUGCAGCUCUACCGGCUUCGUGGUGAGGCCGCAGCGGAGGCGGAAGCCCAGAUGGUCAUCUCUCGUUUGGAGAUGUCCCUGGAAGAAGGUGCCCGGCACCAGAAGGAGGCCAUCGAGUUAAGAGCGAUGCUGGGAGCACUCCGCGAACGUUGCCAGCGGCAAGAGCAGGCAUUGGCUCGCCAACGUGCGACGGCCAGAAGCAAUUUGCCUCGCCCUCCUCCGCUAGGCCGUGCCGCUCGUGAGUCAGGCGCCCUCCGAGGCCUGGCCAGCCGUGUGCAGGCAGAGGUCCACUUGAAGACGGUGAAUGAGGAGGCAGAGGAUGCCAAGAUAGAGAAGGAUGCCUUCAGUGCAGAAGGCUCUAUCUCCGAGGCAUCAUUUCAGCCGGAUGUCUUCACUGCCGCUCGCGACCUGCAAGAGGAAGGUCACUUCCAGUGGCGUGGGGAGGACUCGCCCACCUCGCAGGGGGACUCGCCCCGCCGGCGGCGAAGCGUGGCGAACGGGGUCCAUCCUGGACGCCUUUGCCGUGGCCAGGGGCAGCCUACCGCGGGACUGAGCCAGUCAGACAGUCGUGUUCGGUUCAAUGGCAUUGUGCAGCUUCGCAUGUGCAAACCAUUCAUCCUGUCGCAGCCCUUGGGCCAGCCAUUCAACUGCUCUGCCCGCGACGCGUUUGGGGCCUUCUACUGUGCCGAGCUCUCGGCCUCUCGUGCGCCAUGGGGCAAAUCGGCAGCCAGUUCUGCUGCUCUCGCACCUCAGGAGGAGCCCUCGCACCGUUGGAGGAAACCAAGCGGAAAGGCGCAGAAGCAAGUCCAUCGAGUGUGGCCACUGCGACGCCCAGUGGAUCCAGCGCAGGUGUCGAGAGCUCCGUCUCGCUCCCAUCACCUCGUCUCGGUGAAGGGACUGAAGGCCUCGGUUUGCAGCCUGAGCUGCCCUCACCACAAGGAGAAGGCUCCAGUCCCGAGAAGGAGCUACCGGUACCAGCACUUCAAGGUCCCGAUCUUCCCACGCGCGACGACCGCGCGGGUCCUCCGGAGCCUCCACCAGGCGCCCUUCCCGGACCCAGUCCGGAAUCUGAGCUGCCUGCACCAGGGGGUGAAGCCACAGAUGGUCUCGCGACAGCCGCUGCCUCAGUUCUUCCUCUCCACCGGUGUGAUCGAUGAGUCGGUCUGGUGUGCUGGUGUGGUCAACCAGUGCCAUGCGGUUUCCGAGGAGCCUACUCCCGCGGUGUCUGGGGAUCAGCCUUCGGCACCCAAGAUGGAGGUGAAGACGGAGGACGUGGAGGAGGCCUCCACUGGCACGAUCACGCCUCCUGCGUCGCCGAGGACCAUCGCCCCAGCACCGGCGCAACCAAAAGGCAAGGGCAAAGGCAAAGGCGCAAAAGGCAAAGCACCUGUGGCCAAGGCCAAGCCUAAGGCGAGUACCGCCCGAACUUCUUUGCCCAAGGCGCCACUUGCCGCUGGCAGCGGGAUGAGCGAACUUUUGCAACGUGUCAGUGCCAUCGGGGAGAAGAAAGAUCGUGAGGAGGCCAAGGAGAUCGGCGACAUCGACCUGUCGCAGAUCGAUCCCAGCGCGGCGCGGGAACGUGUGACGUGCCCGCGCUGUGAGAAGGAGGUCUUGGCAGAGCACUUGGAAUCCCACAUGACUGCGCACAGCAGUGAGAUCCUACCGUGGCUCUUCUUGGGCGGAAAGCGAAACUUGGAGAAUGACCAGGAGUUGACCCUCCGCACGGGCAUCACGCAUGUCUUGAACUUGGCACCCGACGUGAAUCCACAUCAGGAUAUCAUUGAUUAUGUCACUAACUACAACCAAGAGCGGGGCCUUCCAUUUGUUUACAAGCAGCUGCACUUCGGCGACACGGCGGAGCAAGACAUCCUGUCAGAGCUGCCAGGUGCGUUGGAGUUCAUCCACCAGGCCAAGCUGAGCCAUGAGCAGCACCACGUCUUGGUGAACUGCGCCCAAGGCGUUUCACGCUCGGCCUCGGUGACCAUCGCCUAUCUCAUCCAGUAUGAGGCCAUGAGCCUCCGCCAAGCCUACGAACAUGUGCUACAGCGGAGGACGAUCGCAGAUCCGCGCAAGGAGUUCUUGAAUCAGCUGGGCACUUUUGAGUGCCAAAUCUUUGGCUUCGCCACUCCCAGCUUAACAGGCGAAGAGAUUUUCGCCCAUCGUACCUUGCUGAAUGUGGACGAUGUCACACUGAAUACCCACACCCCGGCGAAAGCCACUUCUUCGACGCCGCAGGAGCUGUCGGAGGCAUCGACGAAUGCCAUGGACAGUGACGAGGCGGCGUCCUUCUAUUGCCGACGCCUUUGUUACGCAGCCGUGGCCAGCAAGGCGCCCAAGGGAAAAGGCAAAGGAAAGCGGCCACCGCCACCGAAGGCCAAAGCCCCCGUGGCUCCGCGAGACGUUGAGGUGACCUCGCGCGCCGAGCGGAGCUGUUCCGUCUCGGAGCUGAAACAGAAGAUGGAGACCAUCGGCAAGAACAACCGAGAUCCCGACUCCUCGAACGACUCCGAGGAGGCCGGCUUGGGCGACGAGGAGAUCUCCAACCACUCGAAACAACGGCCCAGCGUCAUGGACUGGUACGAGUCAAGUGGGCCACCUGCCGUGACGAAGAGCACCAGCGAGUGGUACUUGGAUGGUAAGCCACGCCCCAGCACGCGUUCCCUGGAGACCGUGGUGCAUUCCCUGGCGGAGCAAGACUGA